GCUGCAUAACCAAAAAAGGAUUAAUCAAAUAACUUAACCUAAGUUUUAUUUUAGAGUUAUUGUUUUGUACACUCACAAAUAUUAAAAAGUAGUUUGAAAAGAGAAAUAUACGAGGAACAUAUUUAGUUUUUGUAAGAAACUUAUUUUAUUUUUGAGUUAUGCUUAUGAUAGAUUGUGAAGUGGUUAUUUCUCAAACCAUCUUUAAGUAAGAUGAGAAUGUAUUGUGCUCUACGUUCCAGUAAAAGGCCGUCAUAAUUAUACUAAAAUAUUGAUAAGAUUGAAAUUAUUACUAUUAUCGUUCAUAUUGCAGUUAAAAUGCGUAUAAUUAUGAAUAUUUAGAACAACAAUAAUUACGGCGAACCAUCUAGCAUCUAGUUACAAAUAUGGCAGCUUCAUCAACAGAUAUUGAAGAUUUUUUAAACGGACCUUUAAUUGCAUGGCUAUCAACGUGCGUUAGAAAUCCUGACCGUUUGCAAGUUUAUGAGUCAUUUUUUGAUGGCUGGCCAUUCAGUGAAGUUUUAUUACAAAUUGAUCCAGAACCAACACAACCACUGCCUACUGUCAGUGCUCAAAAUCAGAAUUCUGUUGUUGUUGCAAGAACAAAAGUAUUUCUUUCAAUUUUCAAAUCUAUCAAACAAUUGUAUGAGGAAGAACUGCAACAGGUAGUUAUAGCUUCUCCUGACUGCGUUAUUAUUGGAAAAGAGCCAAAUUCGUUGGCAGCAAUCGAACAACUGAAACUUUUGCUGCUGCUACUGCUUGGUUGUGCAGUGCAGGGGCCAACAAAAGAAAAGUUUAUAGCCAGGAUAAAAGAACUGGCCCUAGAUUUACAACAUGAUAUUGUGGAAUGUAUCAAGCAGAUAACAGAAAGUCAAACAUUAGUGCUCACAUAUGACUGGACUGAACAAUCCCCUGAACACCUUUAUGCCCAUGUUAGAACGUUGGUUUGUGAACGAGACGCUAUGUUAAAUAAAUGGGUAGCAGAACUGAAUGAGUCAAUGUCGUCCUCUUCGCAAGACAAGUCUAAAGUAAAUACUUGUAAUGAGGGCGUAGAUAAUAAUCAUUUAGCGGUCGAACUUGCUGAUAUGAAAGCCAAGCUUCGAAAGCAACGUCAGGAACUGGAAGAGAAGUCCGAACUCUUGACUGAAUGUAAGGAAGAAGUCGAUCACGUAAAAAGUUUACUAGCGAAAUUGCGAACGGAAAAUAGUGACCUGUUGGCGGAAGUCAGAAAGGCCAAAUUAUAUCGAGACGAAGCCGAUGCCAUGCGAGAGAAAGCCGAAAAAGCGGACCGGUUAGAAAUGGAGACUCAAAGAUAUAAAGAACGUUUAGCAGACGCGGAAUUCUACAGAGUUCGUGUAGAGGAACUUCGAGAAGACAAUCGUGUUUUACUUGAUACGCGAGAAAUGCUCGAGACCCAAUUGACAAGGGCGCGACAACGAGCCGAUCGCAUACUCGAACUGGAAGCUGAAAUCAUUACUUGCAAGCGGAGUAUAAAUGAAAUAGCUCUUGAGAGAGAUGCUGCUCGUGAAAAAAUUCAGGAACUCAUGGACGAGAAUCUUCAACUCCAGCAGAUAACUAAACUAGCUAUACAGGAGGCCGCGACAACCACUAUCACAGAUUCCGAGCCAGACGAGGAAAUGAACUCUGGUGAUAACAGUCUUUCUGAACAGUUAACGAAUAACGCUCAAGCUCGAACUCUAAAACUCGAAUUAGAAAACAGAAGACUCCUGUCCACGAUUGAAUCUUUAAAAGAAGGAAACUUCCACGAAACAUCAAACAAGCUAUUGGAGACUGAAAAAGAAAAGAAACGAUUCUCUCUAAAGUGCGACCAGUUACAAAGGAAUGUGGUAAGAUUAACAAAACAAAACGAAGAAUUGGAGAAUUUAUUUAAAAACGCCUUGCAAGAAAACAAAAAAUUACAAGAGACAAUGGAUGCGGGAAAGGCUAUUUCAGACAGACAAAUACAAGAACUUCAAUCGGAACGACAAAAGGUCGAAGAUUUAGAAAAGUCGGUGGAUAGUCUUGCAAAAGAGAAGCAAAGAAUUAACAGUUUGUAUGAUAGCGUGAAAAAAAGGGCAGAUGAUGCAGAAAAAAUGCUUUCUCAAGUGCUGAACGAAAUUCAAAUUCUUCAGAUGGAGGUGGAGAGAGGGAAAGAACGGGAAAAAGGCGAAAAAGAACGCAAUGAACGAAUAAUAUUGCUUGAAAAAGAGAAUUGUACUAUGCAAAAGGAAAUAACUAAAUUAAGGGAGCUUUUAGAGACAAAAGACGUGAUUUUGGACGAGAAAAAUCUCAAAUUUGAGAAACAAGUCAAAGAAAUAAUUCGUUUGAAUGAAGAAAAAGAAAUGGCUCAAAUGCAAAUAGAAAAACUACAAGAAUAUGAGCACAGAGUACAAGAGUUGCUUUCUCAAACCGCAGUUUACACUGAUACAAUCGCGACACUACAAAAAGAUCUUGUCUCUGAAAAAAUAACGAAUGAAAAGUUUAAAACGAACUUGGAAAAGCUCGGACUGAACCUAGAUAUUCUCGAUAACGAUGUGAACGUUAUUAUUGAAAAGAUGCUCGAUAAUCCAGAUAUUUCAAACAACAUCUCGUCUAUGUUAUUUAUUCGUCAGCGUACCGAAAAACAAAACACGAAGUGUCCCGAAAAAAAUGUACAUGAAGAGAAGCAGGGUGAAAAGGAUGGCCAAUUGGAUCUGUACAAUCAGACGGAGACGAUUGUCUCUACUGUGACUGCCGAGUGGAAUAAACAGUGCGAGAAGCUUACGGCCGAAAUAAUCAAUUUACAGCAGACCAAUGAAGCUUUGCAGGCUGAAAAUGCACAAAUGAAAGUCGACUUGUCUACAUUAACUUCCAAAGUUAAUUCGUUAACAACGCAACAAACUGCACUUCAAUUGGCCAACAGCCAACUCGUCGUUGAAAAGGAAGAGUUAAUUAACGAACGAAAAAUCCAAAUACAGAAUAGUGAAACACUUUUGCUAGAUCAGACUACUUUACGAACGUUGCACGAGCAACUGAGCUCCGAAUACGAACAGCUGAAACAUGAAAUGGAUCAAUACAAGAAGAUAAAUCGGGAUUUGAAAAAUGAAACUCGUUUCCUUAAAGAUUCUAAUGCUGGGCAUGAAAAGAAACUUCAUGAACUUUCGGCGGAAAAAGAUGCACUUAGAAACGAAUCUAAAAGCCUCAUAAAUCUGCGAGCGGAACAUUCCAAACUGAAAGAUGAUUUCAAGAACCUCUUCACGGCCAGCGAACGUUUAAAGACCGAGUAUCGUAUGCUGCAGGAAGAAUAUAAAAAAUUGAGAGCUGAAUCAGGAAAACUACGUCUAGGUCAUACGGAAAUGCAAGGUGAAUUAAGUACCAGAUCUGACAUUUUAGCUGGACUGCAGCUUGAAAACGCAAAACUGCAACAACGGUGCGAUCUUUUGUUCGAAAUGAAUACUUCUUUAGAUGCCGACAGACGUGCUCUUAUGGAUCACGUAUCGCAGCUUUUGUCACAAUACCAUUCCCUUCUCACUCAUUCCCUGGAGGACAAGGAACAAUUUCAUAUGGAAGAAAAACAGUUCACAGACAAACUAAACAAUUUGUGCCGACAAAAGGAAAAGCUUGAAGAAAAAAUUAUGGAACACUAUAGAAAAUUGGACAACGCGUCUGCUAAAAAAAAGGGAUUCGGGGCUACACUGGUACGACGGGUGCGAAAAGCGGGUUCCGAUAUUAUGAACAAAGUUCCCAGUAGAAACCGCAGAUCUUGGCACGAAGACAACAGAUUGACCCAGUCUCAAUUCACUUUAGCGGGUGGGUCUGGUGGGGAGUCUGGGGGUAACGAUUCGGACAAUAGUAUGGAAGAAACGGGCGGACAGAAGGCUGGCACCAUUGCCGGAAGCUACCAGAUACAGCCUUCUUUCAAAAGGUCAACCGGUAGCCUCCACAUUCACAAACCAAGGGACGAAAUAGCUCUGCGUCGUUCCCAAAGGGAGUUCUCAUCACAUAGGAACAGCCUUACAAAUGACGAAAUUUACAUGGCACCUCAUCAUCUACAGCCGUCGAGCGCGAUAAGUUUGGGUUCGGUGGGUUCCAGACGUACUGUUUACCUGUCAGAAGAUGAGCCUGCGAGUUCGUCUACCACUAAAAAUGACAAUGUCCUAACAACAAGACAGUCGUCACCUCCGCCCCCUUUGCUUGUUUACAACAAAAUUUCGACCGUGUACGGAGAACCCCAACGAUCAAUAGCGGCUGUUGAACAUCAGAAUACAAAUGCAGCAAACACGACGUCCGACAAAGACGCGACAUCAGCGAAGAAAAAGUCAGACGGUAUUAAGGAGACAACGGCAACAUGGUACGAAUACGGGUGCGUAUGACGCAUUGAAAGAAGAAACUUUAAAACAACACUAACUGGAACGUAUACAAAAUAUUAAUUGGUUACUAUUACUUAAUUAAUGAUAGACAGUUCACAUUAUUUAAUUUAAGACGUCAGAGUACGUUUUAAUUUUCAUCAUAUCGUUUUAUAUGCAAAUAUAUUGUAUACGGCAAAAGGGCAAAUGACGCAUAAAAUUGAUUUCUUUUU